AUGGCGUGUGGGGCGACGUUGAAGCGGCCCAUGGAGUUCCAGGUGGCGCUGCUGAGCCCGGGUUCCCCAAAGCGGCGGCGCUGCGCCCCUCUGCCCCGCCCCACUCCGGGCCUCAGGCCCCUGGACAUCGAGCAGACGCGGCUUCAGAUGCAGACCCCACCGCCGACCCUGCAGCAGCCGGUACCACCUGGCAGUGAGCAGCGCUUUCCAACUCCGGAGCAAAUUUUUCAGAACAUAAAACAAGAAUAUAGUCGUUAUCAGAGGUGGAGACAUUUAGAAGUUGUUCUUAAUCAAAAUGAAGCUUGUACUUCAGAAAGUCAGCCUCGCUCCUCAGCACUCACAGCACCUAGUUCUCCAGGUUCCUCCUGGAUGAAGAAGGACCAGCCCACCUUUACUCUCCGACAAGUUGGAAUAAUAUGUGAACAUCUCUUAAAAGACUAUGAAGAUAAAAUUCGGGAGGAGUAUGAGCAAAUCCUCAAUACCAAACUAGCAGAACAAUAUGAAUCUUUUGUGGAAUUCACACAUGAUCAGAUUAUAUGACGAUAUGGGACAAGACCCACAAGCUACGUGUCCUGAAGCUUUCUUGCAUAUCUGGGUACCAGGUUUGACCUCAAGAGAUGGCUGCUGUGCACUUUUUGCAACUGGUUUGAUAUCACAUUUCAGCUCCAACUUUGCAUCCUCAGAACACUUAAAAAGUUUCUGCAGGUCCAUUUUAUACAACUUAAAAGACCUUAAAACUUUCUGGUUGCCAAAAGCAUAUAUUUAUUUUCUGCUCAUCCAAUAAACAGCUGUGCCCUACAGUGACAGAUUUUUCAAACAAAAUACCUGAAGCAGCAGUUUAGCAAAAUAUGCCGUCAGUGGCACUCAACAAAUGGAGUUUCCCCAAGCACAGUUCUGUAAGAAGCGUGUGUAUGAGAGUGUGUGUAUAUGUGUGUAUGUUU